GCAAUUUGGAGGAGAACCGAAGCAAGCACUUGUUUGCAUAUCACCGUCGGCAGCUUCGUUUAUGGCAGAAUGGUGGCCCGCAUCCUUGUCAAAAUUAUUUCUCUCCACAACAGCGACAACAAUGCGAUUAUUGUAAGGAAAUUUACUUUCAAAAUAACUUUUAACCGGCGACCGAGGCAACAAUCGGCGGCGAAUGUAGGCGGUGGUAAAGGAGGCAAUGGAAGAGAUUGUUGGAGACGAAGAUAAUAUCUCAUCCGCACAGGCAUUGACUAAAAUUGAAUUUAACAACUUGGAGAGCUGAGAGAAUCAAAAUUCGACCGCUUUCAAGCACUAAGAUAGAAGUUUGGAGGAUAUAUUGAGAGGGAAAAUAUGGCGAGCGACUUGGAUCGAGGGGAAGAGGAUGAAUCGGCGACCGAGCUGUUGAGAGAUCGAUUCCGUCUCUGCACAAUCUCCAUCGCUGAAGCUGAAGCGAAGCUAAACGGCAUGGAAGUUUCUCAGCCAAUUGUGGCUUGUAUCUCUGAUUUAGCCUUCAAAUAUGCUCAUCAGUUAGCGAAAGACCUCGAGUUGUUUGCACAGCAUGCCGGCCGCAAGUCUGUGAACAUGGAAGAUGUCAUACUUUCUGCGCAUCGCAAUGAGCAUCUGGCAGCCUCCCUGAGGUCCUUCAGCAAUGAUCUAAAAGCAGCCAAGGAACCCCAAUCUGAGAAGAAAAGAAAGAAAAACCAGAGGAAGGAAGACAAAGAUGCUUCUGCAGAUGUUCUUCAUAUCACAGAUCCAUAGCUCCAAAAUACAAGUGAAUUAUUGCUUCCAUGUUCUACUAAUUGUGCAUUUCUGUACAUUUUGAAGCUAAUAUAUUCUGAUUAGAUUACUGAUCCUUAAUAAUUUGACUUCAUACCAACACAUAAUUUCCCAUCUAGCUACUUGAAAUGAUGUGCUGUCUUCUCACCCUAUAUGUAUAAUACAAUGCUUGAAUGAUUUGUCUUCUUACUAUGACACAACUCCUAUUUGUCUACAUUUUGAGAUUUUUCAACAGGGUUAUACAAGGAGAAUU